UGUUGCUUAGCAACAGAACUCAAACUUUCUGUUCAGACUGUUAGCUGCAACUUCACUCAGUUGUCAGCCUGUGAGGUGAGUUUUCCUCCAUCACUAUUUGUAUCAGGUGAUAAUAUCUGGUCUCAGCUUGUCGCCAUUUAUCACCACAUUGAGGAUGAGUGCUGGACGGGCGUCAGAGGGCGUCGGCUGCAUCACCUGGUGGGGCCUCAGUCCUGCACGCGACCUGCUGAGUGCGGGCCCUGUGAGACCCGAAGGCGACAUCAAUGUUUUACUGGUUGGCAGCGGAGAUCCACGACAUAUUUUGAAGACCAUUUCUGGUUUGCAGAGCGAAGACAGCCUCCAUGUGUGGGUGAUAGAAAACAGCAUGGAGGUGGUGGCUCGACAGCUGCUGCUCCUCUACCUGGCACUAGUGCCAAAGGAAAGCAUGGGGAAUAAUGAGAAGACAGAGGUUUUUCUGGAGGUGUUUGGGAACGGUGAGAUCCGCAGCCAGACGGAAGAGACACUGAGACGUGCAGCGUCACAGCUCUCUCUGUCUGUUACUGAAUCACUGGAGACCGCCACGCACCCCUGUCUGAACACAACUCUUCUCAAGUUCAAGGAGCGAGAUGAGCUGGCCAGAAUAUUCAAGUUGUGGACACAGCCUCGGCAUUCGUCGUCUUCCUCUGAGCGUGCUGCCCCUAUCUUGAUGUCGAGAGUCUGGGAUUAUCGGGUGAGGCAGCACCUCGGGACGCGCUAUGACUCCAAGAAGAGCUGCUUCGACUGGGACCUCACAAUGAAACUGCACGAGAAAGGGUGUGGCGUCAUCAACAAACAACAAUACACGCGAUGGAGGGAACGGGGUCUGGCGUUCGAAAUGAGGGAAGGCGUCUACCAAAUAACCAAUCCAAGUUUGCUCUCUUCAAGAGUGUUCAGACAGAAAGGGGACAAAGUGGCUGUCAGGGGCUACUGGGGAGACAUCGUUUCCAGUCCUUACCUCUCCUUUGGCAUUGAGACUGAUGACAAGAGCCUGCUGAAGACACAGAAUGGGCAACACGUCAAGACAGCCCAGGAUAUCUCCUUUGCAAAUGUACAGGAAUUGUUCCGGUCCCUGUCCAGCAGACGGGGCUGCCCCACUGCUUCUCAGUCAGAGGCAGAGGAGCCAUCCACAGAGGCCGACCGAAAACCUGUCACCAUUAACGACUUGAUGCGUCUGAAUGGGAUCUCUGUCACCUUCCUGCCUUUGGACUCACUUUACAAACUGCCAGAAAAACAGAAAUACUCCCACUUCUUUAACACCAUCUACUUCUCUGCCAGCUGCGCGCACCAGUUGGGCCCGACGAUGAGACAGAUUGCAGCACCAGACGCCGUGCUCGUCGUGGAGUUGGCCAAGUACAUUUUGGAUCUGAACAAAGAGCAAGAAGCAGGCUUCGCAGAGAAAGUGGCGAGUAUUGCUCUGGAGGCUGAAUUUGACCCUUUGCAAGAGAGGAAGAGUGACGGCAUCCACGCUGUUUUCAUACCACAGAGGAAGUAAAGGCGGUUCAUUCGCUCUGCUCCCGUUGACAACAGCUUUACCUUCACAAUAUGCAACAGAAUGACAGUCAAGAUCUUACAGACAGAAUUUAUUUUUCCUUCGUAAGGAAGUUAACCAGCCUAUCAGAUUCAUUUUUGAUUGUAGUAGCUGUGAACUUUUCAAGAAUAAUAAUCCGAUUUCCAAUUUGAAUGACACUACUACUGGAAAAAUGUUAUGUAUAAGUACAUUUUAAUAAUUACAGAUGCAAUUGGAUGUAUUUCAAUAAAUGGCACACAAAAAUCUCUUCAAAA